GGCUAACUUGGUGGCUUUCCAAAAACAAGCGUGAGUAAAAGUCGUCUUCCUCCUCCUCCUCUUCCUCCUCCUCCUCGUCCACGGGGCUCAUUUGUGUCCGGAUAUAAACACACAGCUGCAGUCUGCUUGUCACAUGCACUAUUUUUUUAAAACUAAUAGACCUCACGAAAUAAGUCACAAAUAAGAAGAGAAAGAAGAAUAAAGAGGGCACCAUCGCGCGAGGAGCAUUCUCCAGGAUGGAGGAUUCUUCAUCCAAGCUAUCGGUGGCCGAGCUAGCCGGCAGGUUCAAAGGUCAUAUACUGCCCAUGCCAGCUGCGCACGAUGAGUCACCCUUUCGACGAAAACCUCCAUGUUCGCUGAGGUUUCCUAUCCGGAACGAUGAUGUGCAACAAUCCGAUACGAACGCCAGCGAAACGCUCUCCACGAGUCCUCUUCAAAUCAGGAUGAAGAAGAGCUCCGCCAUCAUCGAGAGACUUCAGGCCAACCUCACUUUGUCACCAACCGCCCUGCUGCCGUCGCCCAAGGGCCCUGAGGUAAACCGGCAGCCUGAUUCGCCGGUGCCGGCGCCGCCCUCCGCUCCCUUCGCCGCCGCCACCACGACCUCGCCCAGCCCCACCUUGCAACCCAUCCAGCUGUGCCUGGAGGAGGAGGAGGGGGAGGAUCAGGAGGAACCCGUCAGCUUUGACAGCCCUCCUGAAGGGGCCUCGCUGCCCAGCUUCCACAAGACUCGUGCUCGGCUGUCGUUCAAGAGGCGUCCGCCCACGAGACAACACAGGAGGUCGGCGGGGGAGGAGGCGCCAGGGCUCUUCGGCGGCAUCCCGUCGCCAUGUGAACUGCACUCGCCCCAAACCAACGGAGACGCCAUUUUACAAUGCCCGGACCGGGUCCCUCGGAAGGAAGGCAAGGGAGAUGACGAUGAGGAGCAGCAGGAGGACAAGGAUGAUGAGGAGGAGCAGAGGAAGCGAGCAAACAACCCCCAAGAAGAAGAAGAGGAGACGCUGGAGGAGGAAAUGCAGCCGCGACAGACGGAUGGAGGGGAUCCCGAUGAUCUCCAUUGAUUUGUGAACAAUGAUAAUGACCUCUGAAAAACGCACAGAUUUUGGAAUAUUUAACUGCUUUGACUCAUAGGGACAACUCGCGGGUUAUGUCGCCCUCAGCUGGCCAUUUUUAGAACAUUUCCUCGCGUGUACGCAUGGACAAGACUCGUCGCUGUCAAUUCUUAGCCAGGCAAGAACACAACGGAGCGUUAAGGCCACCCUGAAAGUAUCAGAAAAAAAUGGCACGGACAGAUGAAUGUUUAAUCGGUCAUUUUUACGAGAAAAAAAACAAACUAUUUUUUGAGAUUUUGUCAAAAAACAAAUUGUAUAUUUCCAGGUUUGAAGUGUAAUUUCUCAAAAAUAUAUAAUUUUAGUCUCUUAAUAUUACAACUCUAAACUUGAAAAAUUGCAAGUUUUUUAUCUAAAAGUAGACAACAAUUUUUUACUACUUUAAUAUCAGAAAUAUGCAACUUUUUGGAUGGAUGAACUUUUUUUUACAUUAACUUUUUCUCUUGAAUAUGUGCAAAUUUAUUCUCUUUGUCACACAACUUCAUUUUUGUAUUAUUAUGACUUUCUUUUUUGUAAAAGUACACCACUUUUUUUCUUGAACA